AUGUCAAAGAAUGAUCCACUAUUGUUUCGAGAAGCUGUGGAAUGGCAGCAAGAAGCCACAAAUUGUCAUGAGGUGCCAGAUACUGCUGCCGAUCGAUAUGUUAGGAUAAAUGUUGGUGGAGCAUUGUUCCAAACGACUAUUGCCACUUUGACGAAACAUGAUACCAUGUUACGAGCGAUGUUUAGUGGACGAAUGCAAGUGGUCACUGAUUCGAAUGGUUGGGUCCUCAUAGAUAGAAGUGGGAGACAUUUUGGUGUAAUUUUGGACUUUCUUCGUGAUGGGUUCGUCCCGCUUCCUGAUUGCCGUGUUGAAGUUGAGCAGAUUCUUGCUGAGGCGAGAUACUAUCUUGUGCAGGACCUGGCGGCCGAGUGUCAGUCGUGGUUGGAAGCUUUGCGAGCGCGUCGGGACAUUCGCGAACCCACAGCGACAUGCAGUAUCCCUGUAGUUCAUACCAAAGCUGAAGCGGAUCGUCUUGUAUUGAAUUCUGUAAAGCCUGCGAUAAAAUUGCUUAUCAACCGUCAUAAUAACAAAUACUCGUAUACCAGUCAGUCUGAUGACAAUAUAAUGAAAAAUUUGGAACUGUUCGAUCGACUUGCGGUGAAGUUUCACGACAGAAUCUUGUUUGUCAAAGAUGUUGGGUCGGAAUCAUCGGAAGUUUGCCAGUGGAAAUUUUUCGGGAAAGGAGCCAAAAGGGCCGAAGUAUGCUGCACAUCGAUUGUCUAUGCUACGGACAAGAAACAAACCAAGGUGGAAUUUCCUGACUCCAAGAUAUACGACGAAGCCAUGUCGAUUCUACGCUACGAAGAAAGAGGCUUGUGCAGUAGGUGUGGUGGAGAAGCUUGCAGCCCAAAGGACACUGGCACCCCUCCAGAAGGUAUCAGUGAUUGACUGUUGUUAAUGCCCUGUUUGGAAAUGCUAGACCAAAUGUUCCACCCUAGCUGUUGCUUUGAAAUUUUGUGAUUCUAUUUUACUAACAUGUUCAUCUCCUGUCUGAUGAAGGAAAUUUCUCGUCAAAAUCAUUGUUAGAUCUCUAGAGAUUAGUCCAAGUAGUCAUCAAAAAUUUUUCUGUGACUGUUGACGCCGAGCGUAUAAAUAUAUCUAGUCGAUUCAUAACUCGUUGCCUGUAGUUUGAUUGUUUUAGAUAUUUGCAAUAAAGUUUAUUGGUAGCA